CUCUCUCUCUCUCACCCCUUACGCACGUCGUCUCCUCUCUUCUAGAAAUCGAUACCUCUCAUUGCUUAAAUUUAGCCAAUUCAUCAAAAACAAUUAUUUAUGAUGAUUUUUUUAAGUUUUCUACUCUGUUCUUUCUCUCUCCUUCGCGCUGUCCUCGGCCAGUACCAAGAAUCCUCGAGACCUUUUGGUUUCGUUUAUGGGUUUGGGCUAGAAACUCUCUGGUUCCCAAAACCUGGAGAGAUCUGGCGAUCUGUUACUGUGGAGGAGGGCUUUAGAUUGAGUUAUUUUUGGCUGCGUAGGAAGGUGGAAAUGAAAGAAUCUGGAUUAUCGUAGAAAUUUCCAAUUCAGUUUCCGACUUCAAGUAUGUAGAGAACUAGAGAUGCUGAUAAGAACUUAUAAAAUAACAAGAAAAUCCAGUUCUCUAUCACUAACCUUGAGAUAGAUAUGAGUCCAGUCCAUAUAUCUGGACCCUGCUUGCACAAUAUUAUGUCAAGUGCUAGAGCAACUGCUACUUCUGAAGGAAAAUCUGGAACUGAAUUGGGUGAAAAGGCAACAUUCGAUCCAACAAAUGGGGCUUCCACUUGUUUAUCCAAGAAUCCGUCUCAGGAUGUUUGCUAUUUAUCAGAUUGCUUACCUUCUAGCCAAACCUUGUACCCUAGUCGUUGUCCAAGUUCUAAACCUCCUACAAGUUUAGAAACAAAGUAUGGAAAAGCAUCGAGCAACCAAGUCAAAUUAGACCCACUGAUUGUGGAUAGCGCCACUUCAGAGAAAUUUUCCUCUUCAUUAGGAGGCUCUGAUCCCUUUCCGAACCUUCAUCCUAAAGCUCCUCUAAAAAUUGAAAACACUUCAAAAGUAUCAAACAACAAGAAAAAAAUGUUUACCGCAAGUGAGGAUGGAACUAAUUUGGCAAAGAACCCGAGUUCAACUUUAGACCUUUACCGUAACCCCUGUCUCAGCCCUAGUUUGGAAACUGCAUCAACUUCAACAAUAAACUUAAAAUCAUUCAUGAAGCAAAGUGAUGCAAAUACCAUUGAUGAUGGUACGACUACCACUCGAAGUAGCUGUGGCAGUCCACAAAGUGACAACUUGAAUAGCUUCUCUUCUGGGACUGCUCCUGUCAAGCGACAUACUGGUUAUGAUAGUGGUUGGGAGGCAAUCCAACUAGCUAGUUCAAGAGAUCCACCUCUUGGACUUGGUCAUUUCAAACUAAUCAAGCGCUUGGGUUUUGGUGACAUCGGCAGUGUUUAUCUUGUUGAACUUAAGGACACUGGUGCAUACUUUGCAAUGAAAGUUAUGGACAGGGCUUCUCUUAUCAGUAGGAAUAAGCUGGUCCGAGCGCAUACUGAAAGGGAGAUCCUUGGCCUUCUUGAUCACCCCUUUUUGCCAACGCUUUAUUCUCAUUUUGAGACUGACAAAUUCUGUUGCCUGGUGAUGGAGUAUUGUAGUGGUGGUAAUCUCCACUCUCUCCGGCAAAAGCAACCCAAUAAGUAUUUCAGUGAAAAAGCUGCUCGUUUUUAUGCUUCAGAAAUUCUGCUUGCGCUCGAGUACUUGCAUGUGCUCGGUAUCGUAUACAGAGAUUUAAAGCCUGAGAAUGUGCUAGUAAGAGAAGAGGGUCACAUUAUGCUCUCGGACUUUGAUCUUUCGCUCAGAUGCACCGUCAGCCCUACACUUGUCAAGUCUUCCUCUGUACCAGGAAGAAGCUCUGAUGAUCUGCGAGGGAUGCUUGAUGGAAAUAGAGCUGUGCAGGGAUGCCUCCAGCCAACUGCAUUCUUCCCCCGAAUCCUGCCUCUAAGGAACCGCAAGUCAAAAUCAGAUUUUGGCCUUGCUGCAGGGGCUUUGCCAGAGCUAAUGGCCGAGCCGACGAAUGCUCGCUCCAUGUCCUUUGUUGGGACGAAUGAGUACCUCGCCCCUGAGAUCAUACGUGGAGAGGGCCAUGGCAGUGCAGUGGAUUGGUGGACCUUUGGCAUCUUCAUCUAUGAAUUGAUCUAUGGAAACCCUUUCAAAGGUUCAGGAAAUGGAGCUACCCUCUACAAUGUUGUUGGUCAGCCAUUAAGAUUCCCUGAUGAGCCAGUGGUGAGCAGCAGCACACGAGAUCUCAUUCGAGGCCUCCUUGUUAAGGAUCCACAAAGGAGGAUAGCAUAUCGCAGAGGAGCAACUGAGAUAAAGCAACAUCCUUUCUUUGCAGGUGUUAGUUGGGCAUUGGUGAGAAGCAUGCAGCCUCCUCACAUACCUCAACCUGCGGAAUUUGGGCAGUUUUCAAACAAGCAGGUGAAUGCCAAAAAGAAGUCUACCAAUGAACGUGGAGGCAAAGACAAACAAAAUUGCACUGGAUACAUGGAUUUUGAGUAUUUCUAGGUUGUGUCUAUGCCAUUGCUUUACUUUCUCUUAUAGGAACAACGAAUUAUUAGGUCCGGUCACCUUACAUAGAAAUACAUCCUGAUUUUUCUCUAUCUACAGUAAAGCGUAGUCAAAGCACAGUCACUGUAGCAGCUGCGCUUUUACUGUAGACAGAGAGAAAUCUGGAUGCAUCUCUCUGUAAGGUGAUCAGACCUAAUAAUUUUUUCAUAGGUACAGGACGAAUACAUUCUUUGUUUUAUAUUAAUAAGAAAUUAUAUUUGGUGAAAGAUGAAAUUCAUUUGUUCGUAAGUCUUUUUAGCUGGCCUAGCUUUUGUUGAUGUCUAUUUCAAAGAAGAGGAGUUUACAGGUUGUAAGAGAACAUGUAUACACAAUGAAAAGUUUAUAUUCAUGAAACUUGUUGUAUAAAGAACUCAUUGUAUAUGAAUCUGCCUUGUUUA